AUGAUCGCGUUCGCGCAGACGUGCCUCGCGAGGGAAGGUUCAGAUGAAGCAGCGGCACAGGAGGCGUUGAGGGUGGUGGAGCACGGGGCGACCAUGCUGAGGGCGCAGGGCGGGCACGCAGCAGCGUCGCAGGCAGCGCGGCUGCUCCGCUUCAAGGCCGCGGUGCACCUCAGAGUGGCACCCCGGCUGCUCCGCCUCAAGGCCGCGCUGCACCUCAGAGUGCAGCACGGCUGCUCUGCUUGGAGGCAGGCAGCGCUGCACCUGAGAGUGUACGUUUGGUUUUUCGGGAUUGGUUGUUGCCGUGUCCUCCCCUCUCUAGUGUCCACUUUCUCCCUCUCUCACGCCCGCGCCCCCUACCCACCCCCCCGUACCCCAUGCUCUUCGCCCCACAGCCACGACAGCAGCGGAGCAGUGGAGGCAUUAGAGGAGGUGGCGGCAAUGGGGGAUGCGGGUCUGUGCGAUAGAGCACCACCAGGGCUGGCAUUCCUGCGAUUCAGAGUGCUGUGCUCUGUGGGGCUCGUGGAGCAACUGUGCGGCCACAUUGCCACUGCGCGGGAGCACUUCCAGGAAGCAGACGAGCUCGAGCCGCCCGACUGCAACUCGGUGCCGACCACGGGGCUCGCCCGGCUGGCAAUGGCGCUGCACCUGCACUCCGUCGGCCAAUGGGAGCAAGCCACGUCAUACUACUCCCACCUUAUCCAAUGCUCCACGCCACCUCCUCCCCCUUCCUCCACGCCCUCUCCCCAUACCUCCUCAACCUCCGCUCCAUCCUCCGCCCCCUCCUCUCCUUCCUCCGCCCCCUCCUCUCCUUCCUCCGCCCCCUCCUCUCCUUCCUCCGCCCCCUCCGCUCCAUCCUCCGCCCCCUCCGCUCCAUCCUCCGCCCCCUCCUCUCUUUCCACCUCACCCGAAUCAUCACCCACCGCAUCGUUCCUCUUGCCCUCACUGCAUAUUGAAGCAGCAGUGCGCGUGGGGGCGUUAUCAGGCCUGGGGCAGUUGCUGCUGCUGCAAGGGGAUUUCAAGGCAGCAGAGGAGCAAUUCACAGCAGCUCUCAGAGAGGCAGAAGCCAUUGAUGAUAGCUCAGAGUUCAACCCAAUGAUGGGAGCCGUGCUGUCUCUGCUGGGGGAUACAUAUGCCCAGCGAGGCAGGCUGCAGCACACGGGGGAGGGCAUGAUUGCUGAGGGUCUCUUUCGCCGGGCUCUGGCACUCCUGGGCGCAUCACAGUGGGACAAUCUGGACCACAGGCUGUCGCUGCUGGCAGGAGCAGCAGGUGGCUCAUCUGCAGAUCAAGACGCGGACGAAGAGCAGCUGAAGGAUCGGAAGAACCGAGUGCUACAGCUGGACCUGAUUGCAUUCACACUCGAGCGCUACGCAGCAGCACUGCAGGCCUUUCCCAUGCGGGCCAGUGAGGCGCAGAGCAUGAGUGCUGCCGCCCACCACCUCUGGCGCUCCCCUCUCUCCCUCAACUCCGCCAUCACCUCCUCUCGAGUAUCCGCUGCUGCUCUCGAGCCGAUGACAAAUCCAACCGUUUGUGCUUCUGUCGCUGACAGUACUAGUGCUUCGCCCGGAUCUGCUCCGGCAAAUGACUCAGUUUCUGCAGCGCAUUUCUUGUUGCCUGCACCGGUGGUCGAUGUGACAACAGGCAGGGUGCUGCUGUCGUGA